AUGUCCGAGACAUGCGAGGACGGGUGCACCGAGUGGGGUGCCGGCAAGCGAUACUUUCUUUGCGGCCAUGAGGAAAUAAUCGAGACCAAUUCGGACGCCAUUAUUCCGUUGAAUGGUCAUGUCUUCAAGGCAAGAUUACUCGGCAUGGGUGCCUACGGCCUCAUCUAUAAACUGAGCGACCUGGUCGUCGUCAAGAUACCUCGCCGCAAGAUCGAAGACGCCGAAGAGGAAUUCGCUAAUGAGCAAAAGAUGUUCAAGAUUCUCGAUCGAAAGAGUCCGUACAUAAUCCCGUGCAUAUAUCAAACUCCUUCGGCAACGUUCAUGCUGCGUGCGGUUCGGGACCUCCGCGACGUGAUCAGUUCAAAGAUCUAUAGUUACGUCCAACGAAAGACAGUACGUUGGAUGGGCCAGCUAUGUGGAGGAGCGGCCUUUAUGGAAAAGCAGGGCUACGCCCACGGGGACCUUCGCCCGGACAAUCUACUCAUUGACCAGAACGGUAACCUAAGAAUUCACGAUUUGGGCUCAUCGCUCCCAGUGGGCAACCAACUGCCCGUGGCGACCGAGCCGUUUGGCCGGCUCCUGAGCAAGGAAGAAGGGAAAGGGAGAGGAUACGGUUUGGCCGGCCCUUAUACCGAGAACUUCGCAAUCGGCUCGAUCUUUUACAGCCUCACACGUGGGCACUAUCCGUAUGCCCGGGAAGAAUACGAUGUUCCGACGUUGAUGAAGAUGUUUCAACGGAAGGAGUUUCCUCGAUUAUCUGAUUCGACCGAGGACGGAAUCAUCUCCCGAUGUUGGAACGGGGAGUACGGAACUGUUGCCGAGCUUGAACAGGUGUUUAAGGACAUGGAGGGCGGAGGGGAGUGGUAUCUGUUCCCCGCUGAGUCGGAAGAGUGGGUUGCGGAGCGUCGGAGGGAGUGCGAGAGGUGGGCUGCUGCGGGUGGUGUUGACGAGUUGAUUGAAUAG